AUGAAUCUUCCCCCUCCUAUCGAGGAGAUCCCCGUUCCAAGGAGUUUGAACCUAGGAAUUACAGUUCCUAUUAACGUCCCCCCAGAUUUCGAUCCACAACGAGCAUCGGUUAUUGACGAUCUAUUCGAACAAGAUCGAUGCUUCGAAAAAAAUAUUAGAGAAAUAUUCAGACAAUUCAACAUACGCUUUUUCUAUUCCAAAGUUAAACACUUCACACUCCGAGUCAGUACAAAAAUCAAAGCAGACCUAGGUCGUACCGAUUUGGCAAAAUUGGAAAUUGUCCUAGCAAAAGUGGUCUUACUUGAAAAUCGCAAACUGUGGAUCGAAACUCUCCUUCACCAAAUGAUCCACGCUUAUUUGUGGGAAAUAGGAGUCUCAAAUGCGAAAAAUGGGGGACAUGAUUUAGAAUUCAUGAACGAAGCAGCUCGAAUAAAUAGGGAGGCAAUAUGUCAGGUGGAUGCCGAACACCCAACCCCCAACUUACCGAACCUCCAAAAAUAUGUGUAUGUUUGUAAAAAAUGCAGACUCACCGUGUACAGGAGAUUGAGAAGGCAGCCUAACACGGGUGACAUAUGGUUUUUUGCGCACAGAAAUGAAUGUGGAGGUGAAUUUAAACUAACAACUAGAAGUAGUACAGACGAAGUGGACAAUGAGGACUAA